UGUUGAACAGUUGAACAAGGUACUGAUUCAUUAGAUUUUACUAUCUCACUGUCUAAACAGUAAAAAUGUUUAGUCAUUUUUUCUCUCUUUGCUUCUUCAUAACUGUUAAAACCUCUGCAGUCAAUGAAAUUCAAGUGCAAACAGUUAGGCAGGGACUUAGUGUGGCAAUUAAAUGUGGCCAAAACAUAGUCCAAGACAGAAAAAAUCCCCAGCAUUUUUUUGUUUGGUAUAAAAUGAGUUUAGGAAAGGUGCCUCAGUACAUUAUGAGAACAUCUGAGGAUAGUACAAAGUACAGAUUUGCUCGAGCAUUUGAAAAUGGCCACUUCACUGUUUCUGUGAGUGAAGUGAUGUUUGACCUCAUUAUUAAUGAUGUCUCAGAAGAUGACAUUGGAACAUACUUCUGUGGAACAGUGAAGGCAAAUGUUGUAGAGUUUGGAUCUGGGACCCUUCUGCUAUUUCAAGCUGAAAAGAUCAAGUGGCAGCUUCAGACUGAAAUGGUUUUCAAGGACAGAGAAUAUUCUACAGUCCAGUGUUCACUACAAGCUGUUACUGAGAGUUGCUUAGGAGAACACAGUGUCUACUGGUUCAGACAUGGCUCAAACAAAUCUCGUCCAGAAAUCAUUUACACUCAUGGAAACAGGAGUGAUCAGUGUAAGACAGACUCUGAUGCCGGAUCUCCUACAUGGACUUGUGUCUACGACCUUCCCAAGAGUUACACCAGGCAUUCUGAUGGUGGAACUUAUUACUGUGCUGUGGCUGCAUGUGGGGAAAUACUCUUUGGAAAUGGAACUAAAGUUGAUGUUGAAGAAAAUAACAGAUGGAUUGUUACUGCUUUGAUAAUAUGUAAUGUGAGCUCUGUUAUCAUCAUCAUGGCUCUGUGUGGACUUCUAUAUAAGAAUCAUCAAAAAGGCUCAGUUAAUGGUCAAUCAAGUCCCUCAAAUAAGGUUGAAGACACAGAUGGCUUGAACUAUGCUGCUUUGAGAUUUGCUCAGAAACCUUCCUCCUCUGGAAUUUCCAGAGUUAAGGACAAUUCAGAUGUUUAUGCCCGGGUCAGAAUACAAUAGGCUAUUGAUAUGUUUAAAUUUACAUUCUGUAGGACAGACUUCAACUGGCAAUAAAACUGAACUUCCUUUUCAUACUGUGGCUCUGAAUCUAACCCACUUUCUGAGACGCAUACUUAAUCCUAAACGGGGGUUACAGCCACAUGCAGAAAUGCAUAAACUGCAAAACAACAUGUACAUUCUACAGCACAAUUACGGGCAGUAUAUUAAAUUUACAGUAUCUGAACUGUACAUUUAAUUUACAGCUUGUUACUGUAUUAUGUUAUUACAGUAUUUUCUUGCCUACUUUUAACUGGCAGCAAAGACUUCAGUAUAGCUCUGUACAUUUAUAGAAGCUAAAUAAAUUUUACAUUCUGUUACUGUAUAAACAGUAAAAUUACUACAUUGCAUUAUAUUGCACUUUACUGCUAUGAGAUUAAUGUAAUUUUACAAAAUCUGUGGUUAUUUUUAAGAGACUGUUGCUGCAUACUUACAGGCAAAUUACUAUCACAACUGACAUUACAUUAUUCAGAAACUAUAUCUUCACGGCUCUGAUGACUAAAUUAAUAAUGUAACUGCUGUGAUAAGUAUUUUGAGGCAACAAGCAUGAAAACAAUUAAGAUUACUAAAUAAUUUUUUUUAAACUUCACUUAUAACUAAUUUAGAUUUUCAUGCAGAUCUGUCCUCUCCAC